AUGGAGUCGUUUGUGGGGGCGCAACUCAAGAAGAACAUUGAGUUUGAGGAUGGAUUCAAACAAUCCAACACUCAAUUGAAGGUGAUUGAAAACCAAUUAGCUCAACUUGCUAGUACCGUUAGGGAACAUCAUGUGCUUACUAUUCUUCCACCCCAAAGUCAUGCUCCAAGGCAAAUGAAUGCUAUAGUGACAAGGAGUGGAAAAAUCCUUGAUGAUGUUCCUAGAGCUAAUAAGGUCUCUAAACCCAAUGGGGAAGAUCAAGAGGGAGUCAUUGAGUCGAGUGACAAUGAUGUGGUAGAAGAGGAGCCUCCCAUUAAUGAUAAGGGUGAUACUACCACCCCCAAGGUGGCAACUCUUCUACCUCUCCCCACUCCUAAACUUCCCUACCCCCAAAGAUUCAUAAGACACAAGUUGGAUGUGCAAUUCGCAAAAUUUCUUGAGGUCCUUCGGAAAUUGCAUAUCACUCUCCCCUUUACGGAUGCGCUAAAACAAAUGCCUACCUACUCACGAUUCCUUAAGGAAAUCUUGAGUGGGAAGCGAAAUUGUGACGUAAAGGAGACGGUGAAUCUCACCGAAAAUUGUAGUGCUAUUAUUCUUAACAAAAUGCCACCCAAACUCAAAGACCCGGGUAGUUUUUCUAUCCCUUGUGCUAUCAAGGAGCUUGAAAUAAGCAACUCCUUGUGUGAUUUGGGGGCUAGUGUUAUUCUAAUGUCUUAUUCGGUGUUCUCCAAGCUUGAAGUUGGUGAUCUUGUCCCAACCAACAUUACAUUGCAACUUGCCGACCGUUCGGUCAAAUAUCCUAUCGGCAAGAUUGAUGAUGUACCUUUGAGAGUUGGUGGAUUUGUGAUCCCCGUUGAUUUUGUGGUCCUAGACAUUGAUGAGGACGUGCAUGUCCCUAUUAUUCUAGGCCGCCCAUUCUUAGCCACGGCGGGGGCUAUAAUUGAUGUCAAGCAAGGGAACAUUACCUUGAAAGUAGGGAUGAAUAGCUUGUUCUUUGACUUGAAUAAAACCAUGAGCUACCCUAGCUCUACCAAUGAGAAAUGUUUCUUGGUAGACUCUUUUGAUCCUUUGGUGCAUGACAUGCAUGAGCAUUUGCUCACCACUAACGAUCCACUUGAGUUUUCUCUUUUGAAUAGAGAUGGCUUAGGUGAUCAAGGGGUUGAAGCGGCUAAAUACAAGAGACUAAUGGAUUCCACCCCACCUUGUGAUCAAUCGGAGCAAUGCUUGCUCGUGCUUGAUGGAAGGAAAGCUUUGGAUGAUCAUGCCCCCCAAAUUGGUAAGGAAGCUCCCAAGGUAGAGCUAAAACCUCUACCUUCGAGCUUAAGGUACGUCUUUCUUGGUCUAAAUUCUUCUUACCCCGUCAUUAUCAAUUCGUCUUUGGAUGACGAGCAAGUGCUCAAGCUCAUUAAUGUUUUGAAACGUCAUCAAGGGGCUUUGGGCUACACCAUUGGUGAUUUGAAGGGUGUUAGCCCAACCCUUUGCAUGCAUCAUAUCUAG